UGAAUCCGGCACGUCUGUUGAGUGUGUGGGCUGUGAUAGAUGGAAUUGCAAUACCGCCACAAUUCGCCAAGAUGAUCUAUGUUUACAGUGUACCUCCAACAUGACACACUGCUCCAGUGGAGCAAGAACAGCAACGGUGUGUGGUAAGCCUUCCGAAGGAAGCUGUUACUCAAGAGUGGACGAGGAUGGAUAUUUAAUUCGUGGCUGCUUGUCAGAUAUUCUGGAGUCAGCGUUGAAAAUGAGCUGCGAAAAAGGAGACGGUGAUUGUGUAGCUUGCGCUGGACCAAAAUGUAAUGCACAGUUUCUUCCGAAGAACACGCUUAGUUGUGUACAGUGUGAUUCCCGGGAGCAGCUCAACUGCGCUCAAGAGCAACGGGAUGACCGCAGUGCGCAGUAUUGCAGGCGGCAUGUACAGGACGAUCGUUGUUAUGUACGAACCAACACCGAUGGAAGUCUUCAGCGAGGCUGUCUGUCCGAUUUAACGAAUCAAACGUUGUGUGAUGCAAGCAAAGCUUCUGAGGACUGUGAAACAUGCAGUGGUAGUGACUGCAACCGAUAUGUGCAUCCCACAAACAGACUGUCGUGUUAUCAAUGUAGUAGUGGGAAUUCUUUAAACUGCGAUGCAGAACAGCAACAGGAAGGGUUUUUGAAGUGUCGAUAUCAUACGGAGAAGAAUGGAUGUUAUGCCCGAGUCUAUCAAGAUCAAGUCGUUAGAGGAUGUAUUUCGGACCUGGGAAACGAUACGACUCCUUGCAAAGGAUGGAAUAGCUCAGAGUGUCACACCUGCUACAAAGAUGGCUGCAACAACCGGUCAAAGUUCGCUCUGCGUAACUCUGGUGAAAGUCUGAAGACGAAGAGGAGCACAUUCCUUGGGUUUGUAGCACUCCACUUAUUGAUAGUCUUCGGAUAGGUAUCAGAAUAUAACAUUUGGGCUUUUUUGGAAUAGUUGUGUGUUUUCGGUUUAUUAAUAUCCUAAUAAAAUACUUAGUUGCGUGUCAACGGGAGUCAAACUA